UCGAAGUCAUAGACAAGAAGGUCAAUUUAAAUGGCGCAUUGUGUUUCAAGUCAUUCAUUUCGACUCCGUUUUGUUGCGGAGUGGCAGCUUUGUCCGCUCGCUAAUGUGUUAGCAUUUCCUAUCAGGUCGGCUAAAACCGGACGAAGUCGAGGACGAGGCGCCGCUUGGAUAUUUAUGUGUGUACUUUUAGUCCAAGUAACUGCUGAAGCGUUACAAACUGGCGUUCGCUACGUUUAUAUUGCUGUUGUUUUCAAAUAGAACCGGCAUGAAUGUGUGGGCGCUUCAGCGAAACAACCGGCUUCUUGUCCUCCGUUUGUGCUGAACGGCGUCUGAGCGUAAGAUGAAGCGUCUCCACGGGGAUGUAAAGGAACUCAGCAGUUAGUGGCGGAGGAGCUCGGUAAACUGCAGAUGAUGAGGGACGCCGGGCGGUAACAAGGAGGACUCGGUAGUGAAUGUGUCUGGAGCGUGCGGAGGCGUGCGGCCAACUGUGGCUCCUCUCCCGAGCUGCGGCUCUCUGUCGCCUCCAUCUGCGGGGGUGGAGUAGCCAUGGCAGCCUCCGACACCGGUGGCCGACAACACCGCCCCUCUUCACGCCGAGGAUGUGGCCAUCGACUGAGCAGGACUGCGGCGAUCAGCCAUAGGCGAGUGGAAUGUCCUUCAGUGGCUGCGAAACAGCCGUCGACUGAAGUUGGUGAAAUGGAGAGUCACGUCAGCGAUGCCGUUCCCUUCAUGGCCAGGACCGAGGAGAGAGACGGGUGUUUGGAUCUGGAACACCUGCCUCCACUGCUGGAGGAUGAGGAAAACGUGUCCUUAGCAGACCUCCUGUCGUUGCGGGAUCGCUGCCUCUCAGAGGAGGAAGUGUGGGCAGUGUGUGCUGAGUGUGUUCUGGCCCUGCAAAGCAUCCGUCCAUCCCAUCUCUUCCACACCCUGUGUAUCACGCCGGACACUCUGGCCUUCAAUGCUCAUGGGAAUGUUUGCUUCAUGGAGCAGCUGAGUGACGAUCCUGAGGGCUCCUUUGUGCCUCCCGAGUUUGACAGCACAGGCAGCACUUUUGAGGGCCAUGUUUACUCUCUGGGCUCGACACUUUCUGCGGCACUCAACUUUGUCAUUGAGCCAGAGCUGGAAGCUGAGCUGGGAGAAGAAAUGCAGAAGCUACUGGAGCAGAUGCAGGAGGAAAAACCUGAGGAUAGGCCUCUCCUGCAGGAUGUCCUCUCCCUGGCUCUCACAAGACUGUCUGACACCUCAUCUACAGCCGUGUGUCGCAAACUGUCCUCAGUGGGCCGGCGCGUUCUGUCAAUCGAAUCUGUGUCGACCUUUCAAGAUGGACAACAAGGCACCUGGGAGGCGAGAUGGCAACACUCCAAGCCCAGAUGUCUGCUGAAAAGAUUGAGUUCCGAUGAUGCCACAGAUGACUCGGAUGAGUUUGUGAGGUCACAUUGUCUUUCCAGGCAGCAGGUGUGCGCCGGCUGGGAUUCCACUCUGUGGGCUGAGGAUUUGGACAGUACCAGUGGUCGCAGCGGAAUCAUGAAUGACAGCUUGGACUGCAGGUCCUUUAACAACUCCCCGGUGAGAAGACGAGUCCAGCAGAAACCCAAAGGAGCCCUCAACCGCUCCUGCUCCGUGCCAGACUCCAACAACCCCCCCUGUCCUUCCCCUCCAACGCCAGGAGACAUCAGCAUCCCUGUGUGUGACCUCACUGAAAUAGGAACAGAUGAACACUCGAGUUGUGCCUCAAUGUGGAGCAGCAGACUCCAGAGACUCGAGCGAGGAUUGUCCUGCGACCCUGACUACCUCAGCAACUCUACUAGUGACACGCAGACAUCACAGGAGAACCUGGAUGCUACAGAAUCUGCAUGUCAGGAGGACACAAGCUUUCAAGCAGAUUUGAAGAUCUCAAAUCAGGAUUUAACAUAUUCCUCUUCUUCCUGUCUGGAUUGUGAUUCGCCUGUGGACCAGAGGUCAUUGAACAACCUCUACGAUUCAAAUAACUUCAUGACAAAGAGCAUGCUGUGCCUUAAUGAAGAAUCUCAGGAUGAGUGGAUCUCGCUGCGUGAGCUUCUGACUCGCAGUGGCUUGAGGCUGACGGUUAAUGAGCUCUGGGCUCUGUGUUACACCUGCUUGUCCUCUCUGCAGACCUACAUCGACUUUCCAGCAUAUUUAUGUUUGGACACGGUUUUUGUGGGCUGUGAGGGAGAGAUGCUCUUCUUGAGGCCGAAAAAUUUGGGAUCCAGGGAUGAUUUUUUUCUCGCUCCUGAAUAUCAAGAGCAUGGCAUUGUGACUGAGAAGGCGUGUGUUUACGGAGUCGCUGCUAUUCUGUGGGCCGCAGCCAAGUUCAGUCUCUCACCCUGUCAGAAGCUGGCAAUACCUCACAAGCUCAAGAGGCUGCUGCUGGAGAUGGCAAAGAGGACUCCCAUGGAGAGACCCUCCAUCAUCACAGCUAAGAAGUGCUGUCGUGACUACUUGACAAACCAGGGAACAAGUGCUGAGGCAGUGUGGAGCGAGCUCAUCUGUCGAGUUCACCCGCCCACCUCCAGGGCCAUGGAUGGGGAGGUACUGACUGCAGUUGGCAUUCCUCAGAGCUCAAGUGAGGAGUCUGUGCAGAGCAUCAGUGGCUUUGUUCCCAUGGCCACUGAGAGCCGACUGGCUCCUGUUCCUGGCCCUGUUCCCUACAGCUGUCCAGCCCACGAGGAACUCCGUCUCCCAGAAGCCUUCACUUCCUCAGCCACACACUUCGCCCCCAUUAUCCUGACCUGCCACGACCAGUCGGGAGAGGACCGAAGCCUUGGAGAAGCCAUUGAAGAGGUUGUGGAUGGAUUCACUCACAGCUUCAAGCAUAUGGAAGACGCAAGCCAUCAUUUUGCCGUGAACACUGAAGCUGAUGUACUCACAGAAGUACCUGUUCAUCCGCCACUCGUAAAUUCAACUUUUAUGCCUUCGGAUGACAAGGCCUCGUUCAUCUCUGCUUCUGCACCUGAUAUUUCUCGUCUCAGUGUCUCACCGUUAUCCUCGAACCUCAUCAGCCACAGCGUUUUCAACAACUAUCUCUUCUGUCAGCAUCCCACCACAGGACGUCUUUCUUUAGUGCCCAUCCAGGUCCAGGCUCCUAAAUCCUUCCCUGGGUUGGAGAUAAAUCUCUCCCUGUCUGAGCAGGCUUUGCAGGGACUGAUCACAAAUCCUGAGGGCACUGAUGGGGCUUUCAUCGCCUGUCAGAGUGUACUCAUGAAGGACGAGCCCCGGAUAUACGCUCAGCCAUCACCUUGUUUUAAAGACUCCUCCAGUAUUUUCGACGGCAAUACUCCCACAGCCUACGAUGAACACACAAUUCCAAGAUCACAGGAUGAGAUUACACCUGAGUCAGGAUCCUCUGGAGUUCUACCCGCCCUGCAGGAGGUGAUCGAUCUGCUCAAGGGGGAGUUUUCACUUAAUAGCCGGCUGGAUAAUGAACACCAGGAAUCCCCCAUGGGGGAGUACAUCUUUUCUCUGAAGGACCUCCCGUAUCAAGUCUUUGCCAGUGUUGUUAAAGAAAGAUUCUGCCAUUUGUAUUGGGAAGAAGAUUUACUGGGAGUGCUGCACUGUCUGGUGAACCACAGCCAAGCCAAACUAGACUCUAACAAGCCGCUUCCAUCAGAGGCGGAGGAAAGUGCUGAAACCACUCGACCCUCCAGCGCCGCCGUCUGUGAAGGCAACGAAGACGGCUGUUUACAUGGUUGUCUGGACCUGAAUGGAAACAUUCAAACUGUUGGACCUUCAGCUGUUGACACUCGGGAAAGAAGAUAUGAGCCGACGUCUCAUCCGGAGGAGGAGGGUGUGCUUCAGCCGGAGUUGAGAUCGCAGCCUUACUAUCAAGGCACCGAGAGGGUCGGUUCAAACGCUGGGGUCAUGGAGGCUGGAGAGCACUCUACGGGAGGCAGCGAUGAAAGCCCCUCUGAAGCCGAGUAUCUGUCAGGCGGAGAGGCAGAGCUGUGCGGAUCACAGGACUUGCAGACGAGCCCCGCUUGUUCUGAGGAGAUGGAGGACAGCGACUCUCUGGUGUCAGAGAGACUCUUGUCUCCCGGAUUCAGAGCCGAAGGACCUGGCCUGAGCUUCAGUCCCGCCUGGGCUUUAGCUCUCUAUGGAGAGGACUACUUCGACCAGGAUGUGGUCAAGUAUGCCGUUAAUCUGGGGCAACACACUGGAACACCAGGUCUGGAUGUGAAAACACAGGAGCUGCAGCAGCAGCUGAUAAUCGAAACAAGGAACCUUAAGAGAACAAGAAAUUUCUACCAGAAGCUGAUCCAACAAGAGCGGAAAAAUAAAGGUUGUGAGAGCAAAGUCAUGCUGUCUAAACUGAAGUCACAGCUUGAAGAACUCCGGUCUAAAGUGGUCUUUCUAGAUUCCGUCAAGCGAUAUCUUGAGAUCCAACGAAUAGACCAGUGUGGACUGGAUGUCUCUCUGUUGCCCUCCCUUGUCACCACUCUAUCAGAGGAGUCUUUGGCCUUGAGCUUUGGAACCCGAGAAGGAAAAAGUGCCCUGCAAGCAGGAACUCCACUCGGCCUGAUGACGUAUCUCUACGCCAGAAACGCUGCAGUAGAGGGCUACAUCCAGCAGUUCCUUUACAGUUUUCGUUUUUUCUGCACCCCUGAUCAGCUGCUGCAGUUCAUCGUGGAAACCUAUAGCAGUGCUGCAAGAGAUGGACCAGAUGUGUCAGACGACAGCUCCAAGAUCCUCCACAGAAGCCUGGACCUGCUCCACUUGUGGAUAACUGACUGUAAACAAGUGGACUUCCCGGUCAACUCCGCUCUUCGAAACGAAUUGGAGGAUUUCCUGAACACCGAGGUAAUUCCCAUUGACAGCAGAGGUGAGGUCAUUCUCACGGCUCUUCACAGCUCUCCAAGUGACAACUGGAGCAAAGAACAAGAUGGUCUCGUCAGAUAUGAGGAAGAUGAUGAUUCUUUAAAGCUCUACUCAUCACCUGAAGAGCUCGGAAGAAGGUGGAGGUUCUCCAAGGUGGUGGAGCCGUCGACACCUAAAGACAACGCCUUCUCCAUCGCUGCAGCAUUGCCAGUUCCCUGCUACAGCUCCUUGCUGGACGAUCUCUCCAACGUCUGUCUCCCUAGCGAUGAGCGAGUCCCCUUCAGUCAGAAGGACUGCAGUGUCCAGCAUGUAGCUCAGCAGCUCACCCUCCUGCAGCAGGAACUUUUCCAAAAAUGCCACCCAGUUCAUUUCCUCAACUCUCGAACACAAGGAGUGGGAAACAAAGCAGUCAAUCCUACCAAGAAUGCGUCUCACCACCUUUCACCAGUAGAGGGAGGCAGUGCACCUCCGUCUGAAUCAGACUGUUUCCUCCCGCAGCUGCUCUCCUAUGCAGACAAGGUGGCCAACUGGAUCUCUGGUGAACUCGUCAUCUGUGACUCUGUCAAGACACAAGUCGCCCUGCUGUCCAAGUAUCUGUGCGUCGGCAAGCACUGCUACGAGUCCAGGAACUUCGCCACUGCCAUGCAGGUCCUGCGAGGACUGGAGAACGUGAUCGUCAAGCAAUUACCAGCUUGGAAACAUCUGUCUGCUAAGGUGCUGGAGAUCCUGGAGGAGCUGCAAGCUGUGCAGGUGUUUCUGAAAAGUGACGACUUGUGCCUGAUGGGGGGAGAGCACAGGAGGAGGAGGCCCACCCUGCCGGCAGCUCACAUCCUGGCCAUGCACGUCCAGCAGCUGGAGAUCGGCGCCUUCGCCCUCACCAGUGGAGCAUACAAGUGGACCAAACUCAAGGGCAUAGCCAAAGUGGUGAGUCAGGUUCACGCCUUUCAGGAGACGGCGUUCCCCUACAAAUCGGACUGGAAGCUGCAGGCGUACCUCCGGCACCGCAUCGCACAGCUGGGCAAUUCGGAUAUUCACCUGCUGGCAGCUGGUAACAACGCGAACUUUCAGCAGAGCACGGAGCGACAGACCAAGAAGAUCCAGGACACGCUGAGGCGAGUGAAGGCCACCUUCCAAUGAGACUCUGACUGGGAGCUGCUCACCAGCUGCAGGUCUACACGUCACUGACAUGAGACCUAUUUAGAUGCCACUUUACAUUUCACCUGACUUCCUCCGCUUCUGUUAUGAACCAGGGCUUCUCAGGUUUAGUCAGUUAAGAUUUAAAGGUCUUAAUGAUCUUUUGUUUUUAACUUUUUCCACCUUUCAUUUAGCUGAGGGUUCAGUCCGAGGUGGGAGACCCCGACUGCCCCGGAACGACCCGGGAGGAGCACUAGGUGUAAGAAUUUUAAGUCAGUUUAACAGUGUUUCCGCAUCUGCACCUGCUAUACUUGGAGCUUUUCUCUCUCCACCGUCUGUGUCUGAGGAACAGCAUGACCUUGAGAUGUUUGAACUCCUCCCAACCCAGCUUGGACAGGAGAAAAGCAGAGCUCCUGACACGGUUGGAGGUCAGGUGGAGCACGUACUGUAUGAGCGACAUGAUGAGAAGUGUAACCCAUUGUUAACCCUCAGAGAUCCUACAGUGUGAGGAGCUGGUCCUCUGAACACUUGACACAACACAUUAAUCUGGAGGAAAAUUUGAAGUUCCCCUGGACCAGACUAAACACUCCAGACACGGUAUGAUGUGUUGGCCCCUACAGCCCUCCAUCGAUGCCCCUGGUCCACCCUGUCGCCCCAGAACUGAUCUGCUCACCAUUUUGGGAAGAAUGGUAAGGACCACUGUGACAAGUGAUGUGAAGCUCCCUCUCAUGACAUCCAGAAUUCACCAUCUGCCAUUCAUAAAGGGUCAUAAAAGCUCCUCACCAAACAGGUUAUGUAGCACUUCCAGUAAACCAGCUGGCUCGAGUAGUUUUUAAUACUCUCAAUUAUGUACAGCACAGAAAGAAAUCGUGUUUAUUUAUGUACAUAGAUGAAGGGUACAGCCUGUCGGUCCUUAUUGAAAUGUCGGUAAUAAAACAUAUUGACCUUCGUGGUCGUGAAAGGUUUUCUUGUUUUAAUUAUUUGCGUUUUUGUACUUAUUAUCGAUGGAAUUUGUUGAUGCCGCUUUCUCAUUAAUGCUAUUCAAAUGCCUAUUUUCUAACAGACUCCCGGAUCAUCCUCAAAUCUGCCGCUAGGAACAUUCAGAUGUCGACUGGCAAAGUCAGUGUGUCAUUUUGUUUUAGUGUUAACGUGUCCGACAUCAUCAUAUAUUUCCGUAAACAGAAGUCAACAUUUGCAGUUGUUGACGUGAAGGUGAAAAAAAAAAUGCUCUGCCAUAUGAACAUGUGCCAUAACUCAUCCCGACACAUUGCGGCAUACCGUCGUGCCAAACGCUAGUUAAAGAUUGAAAUGAUGCCAGUGUGUUUUUUUUCCUUCCCCCAUGCUACACGGCACGCGGAUGGAAAGUGACUCGCUGUGAAGAUUUGCUUAAUUUAGCCAAAUAAAUGAGAUUAUGUAACUUCUCCUCUUGCCAAAGCGAAUUAUUCUCAUGCAACAUCUGCGCUUAAAUGGCAGGUUCCACUCCCGUUCCAUCUGUCGGGGAGAGCGGAGGCGCGUGUUUCGGCUCCUGUGGGGAUUUAUAGUGUAAAUGUACACUAACGGUCGCGUUAUUAUGAUUUCUGCUUAGCAUAUUAGAGGUGUUAAAUAGCUGCAUGAGUUUGUUAUCAGACAGCCUUUCUGUCUCCUUGUUGGAUCCCAGCUCACACGCGCAUCAUUCUUCCUAACAGAAUUGAUAUGGAAAUCUUGCUCUAACUUGUUUUCCUGUCCUGUAUUCUGUAGUCAUUGGGGGACAAUUUUCAUUUGAGGCACCUCAGCAGAACAUUAUGCAGAUUUGUGAGGAGUGGUGGGAGUGCCACAAUUCAGGAAUAGAUUAGUAGAAAUAAAUGAGAAUAAGUGGGAAUAUUGAAUUCUCUUCACCCAUAAAAUUCCAUCAACUAGAGCAGGCCUGUCCAACCUGCGGCUCUUUCCCCAGUUUCAUGCGGCUCUUCACCAAAUGAGCCGCCGAACUGGCUGUGACUUUUGGUCAAGUUGCUAUUGAGAUGAUGGUUUAUACAGGAAAUAAGAUGGAAAAGUAAGAGCUAUUCCUGCGAAAUGUCAAACUAUUGUUCAAAGACUUUGACUUGCGUUUAACUUACAUAAACAAUAAACCUCGCCAGCAUUGAAUUGACUUGGGGCACAUUCAAUGCCGAUGUGACUCGGGGUCCUGAGACUUGGAUCAGACUUGGUCAUCAGAUCCAAGAUCCACACGACUGACAUGACUUAGUUCCACAAGAUCUGCCAUGUGUUUCACCUGUUAUUCAUUGUUGAUGGUGGUGAAGUCUGUUUAAUUCAGUGGAGUGAAGAUGAGACGCUCCAGUCUGCAGCGUCGCUCACACACACAGUCCGGGGCCACGUUACUGGUGGCAUCAGCCACGUAGAAAAUAUAGAAGUAAAAUAAAUGGCGCACACAUUUCCAUCUACGCCGCUUGAUAUUUUGAGGAGGAUCAUGGUAAAAUGUAUGAAUUUUAAAAAUGCAUGCACGUAGACAUACGCAAACCAGCAACUUUGUCUUUGUCUCACGUGCACAUCUCUGCAUAGAGAUGUGCUUUAACCGCUAUACUGCCGCUAAGUCACAUGACCAGCUGUUCAGGUGAAGCCUUACAGCCUGACAUGUUUGUAGCAUGUGGCUCUUGUCAGCAACACAGUAAAACAAUGUGGCUGUGAGCCUCUGACUGGUUGGGCACCACUCGACCAGAGCCAUCUAUAUUGUGUUGAGCGAUCAUGGAAGUAGACCACAAAUCCAGAGAGAGGGUGGAAAUAAACUACAGUCUGUUUGACCAAAUCACUUUGUUCAAAGUCUGGCUCCGGGGCCAUUGAUGACCCCCUGAUGACGCCCACUACCUCUGACAUCAUCACCCCCCCACUCCCCCCUCCACAGAACUCAGAUGAAACCAAUCAGAUCUGCAGCCACCCAAACCAUCAACUGUCCUUUCAUAGAAGUAUUUAGGAAACAGGGCGGAUUAUCAUCUGUAAUCCCUCUUCAGAGUGGACACGCCUUUCACUUUUAAGUGGCUCAGCGUUUGUCUUUGAUUGUCGUCCGUCAUGUGACAAGCCGGAGACGACACUGGCUGUGUGCUGAUCAAUCAGUGCUGGACUUGUACCUUUGACUGUUUAAUUGAAUUAGUCUUGUGUUUAAAAGGUUCUAUAGUCAAUGUUUAGGGAUUCUUUUUUUAUACUAAAUCAUAUUGCUUUGGUUGAAAUGGAUGGAAAAAAUACAAGUCUUAAAAACUGAUACAUUUUUUUAACAUGUCGAAAAUAUAUUUAGGAAAGUUUUUCAUGUGUUUUUUGACAACACAAUGAGAAAAUGACUGGAAAAAUGACAGAUAAAACAGUAAAAUAAUGUUAAUGCCCAAAUAAAAAUACUCUCACAAUAGUGACCCAUGGUUUUGAUCGAGACAACACACGUUUGUGAAGCUGUGAAAUGUACACAAAAAUACAUUCAUAUUGAUACAGAAAGUAUUUCAGUACGUGAUCAUAGGUGGUGAUGUCAAGCUGAGUGGAGAACUCUGAUGUAAUUACCGGUGCAUUCCAACGAUGAUGAAGUGCAUUGAUGCAUUCUGGGAUUAGCUGAGAAGCCAGGUUUCAAUUUCAGGCCAAUUUGUAUCAUUGAAAUACAGAUGGAAAAAAGUGAACGGGAAUCAAAUACUCAUGUAGAGUGAGUGUAACUUGUGUCAGUGUGAAAGUUACUUUUGUCAAUAUUUCUGCUGUCGCUCAUCAAUACAUUGGCUGGAUGAGAGUCUGUGAACUUGCUUUAUGAAGCAACCCUCUACUUUCUGACACAACCGUUUGGACGUGUUGCUCAUGAAUGAAGCGCAGAAGUCGCUGCAAGAGUCUUUCCUGUUCAGCCAGUUGUUUCAUGAGGACGGUUGUUGUUUUGAUGGGCUGCUUUGUGCCUGGCGUGUGGUCGUGUGUGCGUUAUCAAUGUUGUUAUGUGAACAUAUCUGCGAAAACUAUAUUUGUAUUAAAAUGGCACAAGCAAUUUUAUAUGUGUCAAAAGUUUUAAGCUCCUGCUAAACAAAUUUAUU